AUGUAUCAGCAAGAACUCGCCAGUUCGCUGAUGGCCUCCACAGACUCCGGCCCUGAUAAGGCGCUGUCUGAUCCUUUUGUGCAUACAGCAUUGUGUUUCAAGUCCACAUCGGAGAUUAACCAGCACCUUGCAUCUCAACCCAGUCAGUCGUCCACUAUCAUGGUCCCGUUGUUUGACCAAGCUGAUAUCAAUAUCGGCAUCACACUGCAGCACGCUAACUAUGAUUUCAUUGCUAUAGCAUGUCUUUGGGUUUACGACUUUGCUCUCACCCUCGAUAAAGAUGAAUUUUACAACCUGGACUUUCCCUUAAGUACUUUUCAUGUGGAGGGUUUUGGCGGUGAUGGGUCGCAGAUGGCUGAUAAUGUGUUGCAACAUUGUGGUGGGUCAAUCUUUUCGAUGUGGUAUAGUCAUACAAUCACCUAUUCCAAAAGUCAAAUCCUCAGCUUCAUGUUAUACCACUCGUGGAAGCUUUAUAGAGAACAUGGAAACAAUAUACCCCUUGUACGAGCCCUGGUCAGACACAACUUGUUUUACUUUACCUGUGGGCUUUUAUUUUCCACCAUGGCCGUGGUCGUCGUGCUCACUCUUCCCUUCGUGAUACACGGAAUACUAGCGACACGCCUGCACCACGAGCUGUAUAACACAGCCCACCGCACUGAAGAGACUUCUACUGGGAAUGUGUCCCUUCCUCUUGUUUUUGCGCCAGCUUCGUUGGAUAUGCAACCUGAUUGUGGAGAUCCUUCUUCUCUUUAG